AUGAAGGAAAUCCUUGUCGCUGGCAUUAUUGCUGCACUUGCCAUUGUGACUGUAGGAAGUAUCAACUCAUACUUGGAAAAGUCUUGCUUUUCGGAAGAGUGUACAGAGACGGAGAAGAUGAUUGCAGCUUUCACAGUCCGUGUGUCUGAUAAAGAGCACUUUUCUUUUGCAAGCCAGUGCUGCCAAGGAGAGGGCUGCAAUGCCAACAGAACUGUCUCUGCCCCUUCAUCAGAAGGUAAACCCGGAAGCACGAUCUGCCCUGCUUGCCAUGAAUCUAAUGAAACUUCUUGUACAAACAAAAGCCAGACAUGCAACCAGGAAGAAAAAUGUGUGGAGUUAGUGGCGUUCUUUAAGAAUGAUGUAGAUUCAAAAACGCUUGUGCUGAAAGGUUGUGCAAAUGUCAGCGACACCACCUGUCAGUUCCUCUCUAAUUCAAGCAGAAUUACCUUUGGAGGAAUUACCUUUCAACAAUUUAACUGUAGAGACGCGGCUACCCCAACUUCAGUUCCCACAUCAACCCAGACCACAACCGCUAAGACCACAACUCCCAGCAGUGCCACGAAAGUGUCUUUCAUUCCCUUGACCCUGGGCAGUCUUCUUCUGCUAGUACUGACACUCUGA